UUGAAGUAAGCUACCUUUGCCUUGUGGGGCAGAGCAGUGUAGUAGAGCAGCCAGUCAGUCAGAGGCUCAGUAGGUCAGCCUCCUCUUCUGUGCCACUCGGCCGGGAUCUCACUUUCAUCUGUUGCACCGGGACUUGCUCGCGUCAAGAGGCUCUCUGCACAGCUCCAUCAUGUCUCUGAGGCUCCUGCCUGCUUUCGUUGUGGACAAUGAUGAUGACGAUGAUGGUAACUUUACAAAAUGGAUGAGCAGUUAUUGGGGUCACGGAUCCGAAUCCGCACACUCCAGAGAAAGAAAACGCAGUUUCAGAAGACCUGCGAAAACACGAGCUGACCGAAGAGCUUCACUCCCGACUGUGUCACAGUUAGACGCCAUGAAGUUAAACAGGCUCCAUGUGGCGACAAUGGCACCGACCCCGAGCCACAUCAAGACCCGAGAGGAGAAGGGGGAGGUCAGGCCCCACCAGAGAGCCCGACGCUGCUCCUCGGACGACAACAGCCGCCCCAAGUCAGCCAUGGAGAACCGCAUCACCCCCAUCCCAGAGCUCACCGAGUCGUUCGAGAGGAGAAUGUGUUUCAGCGAUAAGAGGAUCAUGUCUCUGAAUGAAGACGACAAGUUGUGCCUGAUCUGUCAUGAGGACAUGCGGCAGAGCGGAGGGAGCGUUCAAGAGCACUGCACGCACCGCUUCCAUAAAGGGGCGGCCAGGAGGUUAGAGCAGUGUCGGCCCCGCAGCGGCAGCGAAGCGAUGGCUUGUCAGGUGAGGAGGCUCUCGGAUGAGAGGAGGAGGUCUGCAGACGAGCCCAUCUACAUGGAGAAGAGAGAAGAGCAGCACACACCCCACCGUAAACUUUCCCUGCGGAAACAUCGCUGAUAAGAUUCUUUGAACGGAGGCGACUCAUCGGUGGAAAAAAAAAAUGGAAGACAUGCACUCACGGGCUGGGCAUCAGGAGUCCUGAACUUUUAUUACUACAUGGCGUGACGUUCAAGUGAUUAAAUCUCAGGAGCUUGACUGUAUCUGAAAACCCGUCCUGUGGGCCCAUUUGGAGGUUUUACAAUACUUUCUCCUCAAUGUUAAAGGCCAAUUUAGGAGGAUCCAGAACUCAUCAUUGAUAGUUGUAAAACAUAAUUAAUAAUCUAAAUUCCAAAUCUUCCAAAAGGGAAUCUUUGAUUUUGAAACUGCGAGUAUUCUUAUUAGAAAAAACCUGAGUAUAACUAUUUGUUAAAGAAAUUAACAGAAUUUGCAGUUUCCUAUUUGAAUUACAGCUGCCAUACUGAAAUAUUACACUACUUUAACACUGGCAAAAGACAUGUGCCUCUACAUAAUACUACUUUUAUAAAUGAGAUGUAGAAGAUAUUGUCUUCAUAGUCGUAUAGAAAGCAUGUGAACUUGUUAGGAUGUCAUGUAACGGUACUUUGUGUUCAGUAAAGUAACUUUACGCUUCACAGUGCUCGUUACUGGGUGAAGUAAAAAUGCUACAUGAAUAUUUAAAGGAGACAUAUUAUGCUCGUUUUCAGGUUCAUAAUUUCGUUUUGGGUCGUUACUAGAGCAGGUUUACAUGUUUAAAUGCUCCAAAAACACAUCAGUUUUCUCGUACUGUCCAGUGCUGCAGCUCUUUCUUCACCUUCUGUUUGAAACGCUCUAUUUUAGCUCCUGUCCCUUUAAGAAAUACACGCCUGACCCGGCACCGCUAACAACAACAGAGCAGCUGUGCUAAAUCAAACAUCACGUGCCAAACCAGCCGCUAGGGAAUAAAGGUAUCUGUGAUGUCACAAAAUCAUGGAUUUAAAGGCGGGACUACUGACGAGGUGUGUUUUCUGUGCGAGAGAGUGGUGUGGACUUUUAUAUGCACAAGAACAUGCGUAUAUAAAAACAAUGAAAAAGCGUAAUAGGUCUCCUUUUAAUAUGGCACAUACAACCAAUGUAAUUAAUUUGUCUCAGCUGCUGUGGUUUAGCUGCGUCUUUCCAUUUCCUGUUUCCAGUUACCGCAUAUACUGUAGAGAUUUAGGACUACUUGCAUGAAAGUUGCUCUUAUAAAAUGUUGUGGGUUUUUUUUUUCCAGUGUUUGCAUUUCCUGUCAAUAAAUAACCAAUGGAGUAAAUUCUCAUGUUACAGUAUCUACCUGCUUUGUAACUUUUUAAACAGAGAAAACUGUUCAGGCUCUAUUAGAACUGCACUGCUUUAACAAAACAGUGAAUUCAGUAAACAGUGUGACAAUAAUGUGUCCUCACAGCUGUGGG